GGCCGAAAAGGCCUCCAACGGACACGCAGCCAACGAUGCUGGCAAUGGCAAUGGCGCUGGCGAUGGCCGUCGCCCGGCAACGGCCGCUCUCGUGCUGCCGGCUGUCGUGAUGCCUCGGUCGUCCGGUUGGGCCGAAAUAGAGCCGCUAAAUUCUGCCUGACGAUGAAUUGGCGUGACGUCUCGCAUUCGGCCACGAUUCGGCCAACCUGCAAGGCCUCCUCCGUCCUGCCGGACGGCAAAAGCAUUUGCACCACUGCUCCUCUCGACCCUUCGCCAGACGAGACCAGCGUCCAGUUGGCCCGUCGCACUCCGCACCACCUAAUCUCCUCCCGCCUAGCAACCGGCCUCCCAGCCACCUCCACCUAUUGCUGCUUGCCCCUCCCUUUCGCCUGUCCCCAUCACCACCACCACCACCAUCACCAUCAUCAUCACCACCACCACCAUCAUCAUCAUCAUCCACAUGACAACUAUUCAAUGGCUCAAACGCAUCCAUGCCCCGGUGGACCGACCGUCAGUCUACAGACGGAAUUUACGCUCCUCCAACACCAACAUCAACAUCAACACCAACACCAGCAUCAGCAUCAGCACAAUCACUAUCACCUUCAGAAUAGGGCGGAUGAAGCUGGGCGGGAGACGAACCCAUGCACAGGUUGCCUUUUGCACAGUCCAGAGGGCAACCGUUGCCCCUCCUCGUGGCUCUAUUCGGCUUUGCCCGCCUCUUCUCUGGCCAAAUCCCCCAGCCCACAACUACUGCCCACAGCUGCUCCGGGCAAUUGUGCUUCCAUCUGUGAUAGUGGGAAAUCUUCUUCCUCCGCCUCUUCUGCUUCGUCGUCUUCAUCUGUCUAUUCCGAUUCUGCACCUUCCGCCUCUUGUGCCUAUACUUCCGCCGGCCUCGGAGACGCACAGCUCGCCCAUCCAGAGGGCGCUCACGAAAGGACGAAGGUCAUCGGUCCUUCGGAUGCAGCAAUCAUCCGCUCUUUGGCCAUUCCCGCCAUCACUUGA